ACAUGCAUAUCAACAUCAACAAGAAAAACGCAUUUGCAAAUGCAAACUGCUCUUGCAACAUAGAUAAAAGUGCUCGAUUCCAAGAAAAAAUAAGUGCAACUGAGUGUGUGUGCAAGUGUGUGUGCGUGUGUGUGUGUCGGGGUGUCGGUGUGUGUGUGUAAAUGAUGCCGUAUAAUGUGCGUGCCUGCGGAAGCAAUGCCAUGGUGCGUGAAUAUGCUGGAGGCAGUAUCAAUGGCAUUUUGCGGAAAACAGGAACCGCUGCAGCCUCAUCUUGUGGCAUUGGCGCCAACGGCCAUUUGACAUAUGGUGCAACACACGCAACAGGACCGGCAGCGGGGUCAGCGGGGUCGUCGGACGCACGCCAUCCGGCUCUUGAUCUGCUCGUCUUUGGCUAUGCGUGCAAGAUAUUCCGGGACGAUGAGAAGGCGCGAGAACUGGAUCAGGGGAAACAGCUGAUACCCUGGAUGGGCGAUGUAAAUCUCAAAAUAGACAGAUAUGACGUGCGUGGAGCGUUGUGCGAACUAUCGGCCUAUGAGGCGCCACCGGGCGGCUACGGCAAUCGCUUAGAAUAUCUGAGCGCCGAGGAGCAGCGUGCGGAACAACUGUGCGAGGAGGAGCGCUAUCUGUUCCUCUACAACAACGAAGAAGAGCUACGGAUGCAGCAAGAGGAGGAUCUGAAGCGUCUGCAGCAAGAAACAUCGGGCGGCAACUAUAGUCAGAUGGAGUUUCAAUACGAUGGACAGACGACGUCCAGCGCAUCGUCGGCAGAUACUGCAACGACAACAUUGCCAAAUCCAUCAACGCCGCCCGAGGAAAGCGAGCUUCCUUACACGCUGCCAAACAAUCUCCUGGUGGCGCCCGCUCCAGACAUACAGCUGCCGGACACAAUGAAACAGCAUGCGAUCAUUGAGAAGACAGCACGCUUCAUUGCCACCCAGGGCGCCCAAAUGGAGAUAUUGAUCAAGGCGAAGCAGGCAAACAAUGCACAGUUUGACUUUCUGUCGCAGGGUGGACAGUUACAGCCGUACUAUCGUCAUCUACUAGGUGCCAUCAAGCAGGGCAAGUAUGCGCCUGUUCUCGCAUCAACGGAUGCGACGGCACACAUGGACAAUGCGAUUGCGCUAAGCGAGAGCAGCAGCUCGCUGUCUGUCAGUCCGAAGCGUAGCCAACAGAUCAUAACGGUGCCCACCAUCAAAUACAAGCCGUCAGCCAAUUGCGCCUACACGCAGCUCAUCAGCAAGAUCAAGGGUGUUCCGCUGCAGGCGGUAUUGGACGACGAGGUGGCUUCGCAGCAUUCUGGCGGCACCGCUUCCCCCACUCUUAGUUGCAAGUCCGAAGGUCAAAGCAGUACUUCUGCUUCUGUUGCUGCCGCUGCAUCCGCAUCCAGUGUGGAAUUUACACCCGUUCUGUUGCAAUACAAUGGCAGCACAUUUGCCCACGAGACGGAGGAGAACACCAACGAUGCACCGCCCAAAGUGGAGCUAUUGAAAAACACCAGCGCCCUGGCUCUUGCUCAGAACUAUAGCUCCGAUAGCGACGAAGAGCACGCAGAUGACGACAAUGAUGAUGAUGAUGAUGAUAGCAACGGACAGCGGCAACAACAGCACAAGCAAUCGACAGAAAGUGCAAGUGUCGCCACAACAAGCAUCACUGCAAAGCCUCCAGUGGCACUCGCACCACCGCCAUUGCUUACGUUUCCCAUGCCCGAGGAGAGUUUGCGUCACAUCAUUGACAAGACGGCCACCUAUGUGAUCAAGAACGGCCGCCAGUUUGAGGAGACGCUGCGCACCAAGAGCGUGGAACGUUUCAAUUUUCUGCUGCCGGAGAACAAGUUCUAUGCAUAUUAUAUGUAUAAAAUAACCGGUGAUGUGGACGCCGCAUCGAAGGAGGAGAAGACGCGCAAAGCGGCUGCAGUUGCCGCCGCCCUCAUAAGCAAAAAGGGUCUCGGUGGCUCUGGUGUUGCCUCGUCUAACUCGACGACGGCGGCUGCUGUUGCUACCAGUUCUAGCGAGAAAGUGCCCGUUUGCUUCUCUAUUCGCCCGCGUGAUGAGAACGCCGCAUCGUUGCAGUCGACAAUGGCGCAUGAGGCGGCCAGCGCUAAGGAUGACGAGGCCAAGGUCAAAACUAAUGCAGAUCCAGUGCGUCCGGGCAUGCCGGACAGUGUGCAACGUGCCAUUAAGCAGGUGGAGACACAAUUGCUGGCAAGAACUGGUGGAUCCAAAGCAACAGCUGCCUCUUCCGAUGCUGCUGCCACCACAACAACAGCGAACGCAGCGUCCCCCCAAAAGGACCAGCGUCAAGCUGAGGAGCGCGUGAAGGAUAAGCUUGCGCAAAUAGCACGGGACAAGCUGAACGGCAUGAUAUCGCGUGAGAAGCAGCUGCAGCUGGAACGCAAGCGGAAGGCAUUGGCGUUUCUUAAUCAAAUCAAAGGUGAAGGCACAGCUAUUGGGGCAGCUGCCGGGCCAGAGGCGGCGUCAGUGACAGCAACUGUAGCAACUAAAGCGGAAUCAGAGGCGAUGGCAGCAAAUAGCGAUGGUGACUCCAACGAUUCGGUACGUUCCAUACCCAUCACUUAUUUUGGACCUGAUGAUGAUGAUGAUGAUGACGACGACGAUGAAACUACUGAGGUGGGUGUGCAGCAGGCGACAGCAGCACCGUUGCAGACACCUGCUGAGCGCGAUGGGGAUGAUGAGGAGGAAGAUAAUGGUGAUCUGGAGAAAUACAAUUUACUGAACGAUGAUAGCACCAAUACGUACACCAGCAAGGCGGCAACGCCGACAGCAGUGGGUCCCGUUCUGCUCUCCGACGAUGACGAUGUGCAGCUGGUGUCCGGCGCAACGCCACCGCCAUCUUCAGCUAGACGCCAUCGUAAAGGUCGACGUGGUAGUCGGACUCGCAGUCGAAGUAGUAGCAGCAGUUGCUGCACCGUUGUACAAGAUGCGACCGUGACCUCGUCAAGCAGCAGUGCCAGCGGCCGUCGCAGUCGCAGCCGGAGUCGCAGCUCACACCGGCAGCGACAGAAGCGACAAAAGGCCAACACGGUAUCCAAGCAUAGGCGACGCCGACACAGUCCCAGCUCAACACGCAGCUUGCGACAGAAGCAACGUAGUCGGAGUAGGAGUCGGAGUCGGAGUCGCAGCCGGAGUCGGAGUCUUAGCAGCAGCCAUACAAGCUCGCGUCGCCAUCGGGGACGGGACAAGGAAGAGUCAUCCUCGCGGCGUCGCAAUCACCAGCGGCACACAAGCAAAAAGAGUCACAAGCGCCACAAGCGUCGUCGACGCAGCAGCGGCGGCGGAUCCGUGUCGAAAUGAAACCUGCAUUGUCUUAAGAAGUUUAAGCAUUAAGUUAUAAUAAAAAAUGUACAUUUCCUUCUUUUUUUAAUGUUGAGCAAAUGUUUUAAAAGCGUCCAUCGAUCGAAAAUAAUAAAACUAUGGCUUAAGAUAUAUGGACAA